AUGUGCUUGUGGUUUGGACUGCUCUAUCAAUUUGUGCUGAUCACCUUGUGCACAGGCGUAUCAAUUUUCUUUGUGAUUCUGUCCCAACCGUGCUCCUUUGAUUUGCGAACCGCCGAUAAACUUUUUUCAAACCUUCGUGCCCAAUUUACUGGAGAUAAAACAAAAUCUGCUGCAUUAUCUCACAACUUUUCGGAGUUCACUUGGGGACAUUGGGCAGUGAGUCCUCUAGCUUCGAGUUUAUCCAAACACUUUGAUGAACAACCUUAUGAUUGGGUUGUGUUUUUGGAUCCGAACUCCGUCGUUGAUGUUAAACGACUGGAAAGUUUUUUAAAGAAACACGACGCGAAAGUUGACCACUUUUUCGGCUAUAAACUACUCGAUGAACAACCCACGAUCAUUCAUCAUUUUCGAGGAUUCGACUCUAUUUCAAAAUUACCAUAUCCAAGCUUUUCGGCUGGAUUUGCAUUUUCGUGUGCCCUUUUUAAAAAAUUGGCUAAUCUCCCCGAAGAAAAGAAAUCCGCUCAUGUUUUUGCUAUAGAUGCUAAACAUGAGCUAGCGGCUUUAAUAAAAGACUCGCUUGAUUUUGAAUUGGAGAAUGCCGCCGAAAUCUUUUGCUUGUUUCCACAAGCCAACUGCGCUGUAACAUAUCUAUUCCCUCAAUACAGCGUAAUCGAAGGAUGUGAUGGAGAAAAUAUCGAUAGAGAUGAGGUAUACACUGCAGUAAAAACUUACUCAGAAUUUCAUCGAUCAAGAGUUGUUGUGGUUAAAAGAACUUGGGCCAAUCAAUUGAAGUAUGUCGAUUACUUCAGCGAUAUUGAGGAUCAAUUUAUCCCCACAAAAACUUUUGGAAUUACAAACACCGAACGAGGUCAUUGUGCAAAAACGUUGGCGAUUUUGAAAUAUUACGUCAAUAACUUGAAGAACUUUCCGAAAAACAAAUGGCUAAUCAUUGCUGAUGAUGACACUUUACUGAGUGUUUCCCGACUUUUCAGACUCUUACGUUGUUAUAGUGCUUCCGAAGCGAUAAUUCUUGGUGAACGGUAUGGAUUUGGAUUUAGUGCUGACGGAACCGAUGGCUACGAUUAUCCGACCGGAGGAGCUGGAAUGAUUUUCUCAAAAACUGCUGCAAAAUCUAUAGCGGAUAGUUGUGUAUGUCCAAGAGCUGACUCUCCUGAUGACAUGAUCCUAGGGUCAUGUGCCCGUUCAUUGGGUAUUCCAAUCAUUCACUCUCCGGCUUUUCACCAAGCUCGAUCUAUUGAUUAUGCUAAAGCGUAUAUUACGCAAAUUCCACCGAUUUCUUUCCAUAAAUUUGAAGAUAUUGAUCCUUAUGAAGAAUACAUGGGACUACUUCACGAAGAAAUCCCGACCGAUCCUCGACAUCACACGGAGCUU